CAUACCUUCUUUGGACCUCCUCCCUCCCCCCCUUUUCCCCAGUGUAUCCUUGGAAAGGUGUUACACAAAGGAAGGAGAGGAUUUGUGUGGUGUGAUAUUUGGUGGUAUAGCUAGAAUUAAUAAGAUAAAAUUUAAAAAAGAAAGCUCCCAACAGUAAGAUGCCUGACCUGGUAGUUGUGGGGAAAGCAAUAAUGAAUACUCUGUAGGGGACCAUCUUGCAUUUGUCUUCUGAAAAUGGAAUAGAUGUGACCACCUAGAUCUUUCCCUUCUCAAACUCCUGUGAUAAAUUGGAUUUCUGUACUUAAAUGAAAGAAACCUGGUGGGAUUAAACUGCUGAUAAAUACCAGAGCUCUAAUACAGUUUAUGCCAUCACAAUCUCUUCUUCAUCUUUAGCAAUGCACCCUCCUUUGUCUUCCCUUAGUGGCAGUACGUCCAGUGUGUGGUCAUGAAUUCAGGCCUUGUAGAGAUGAUGCAUGAUCCUUGCAAAGCUGAAAGUGGCAGGAAGAGCUCCUCAGGGCAAGGAAGUCUGACAUGUGCAGAAGAUCAGUUAGUUCUGUCAGAGGUGUGGGGAGCUUCAUUCAGAACUCCCUAUCACCUUGGAACCAUUAGUAAGCAUCCACUCUUAAAAUGUUAGAAAAUGUUUUUACUGGGUAUUAGCAAUGAUUGCUCGUGUGGAUGUUUCAAAAAAUGGCAGCCAGCCCCCUCACAGAUCCUAACCAGCUCAUGCUGCUUCUUGUAUUGUACUUGGGAUGAGUGUAAUCUGUUUGUUCUGGUUCUAGUAAAAUCUCUCUGUGGUUUGGAAGCCUCUCGUGUUCCUUCUGAGGAAGUACUCUCAUGUACUGGGGAAUCCUGUGACAGUAGUGAUGAAAUGGAUGCUAAGGAAAACAUCAAUGAAAGAACCACCUCUAGAAAAAAGAAAAGCAAGAGGCACAAAGAAAACCCUGAUGAGGCUGUUGGAGGGGAUUAUCCCAUUGACAUCUGGCUGUUGCUAGCCUCCUACAUACGUCCAGAAGAUAUAGUGAAAUUUUCUCUGAUUUGCAAGAAAGCCUGGACUGUCACUUGCACUGCUGCCUUUUGGACCAGACUCUACAGAAGGCACUACACUCUUGAUGCAUACCUGCCUCUCCGUUUACGGCCGGAAUCGAUGGAAAGGUUGCGCUGCCUUCGUGCAUGUGUCAUCCGUUCAUUAUACCACAUGUAUGAACCUUUUGCUUCUCGCGUCUCCAAGAAUCCAGCCAUUCCAGAGACUACCCCUAGCACUUUAAAGAAUUCCAAAUGUUUGCUUUUCUGGUGCAGAAAGAUUGAAGGGAACAGACGAGAACCAAUGUGGGAAUUUAACUUCAAGUUCAAAAAGCAGCCUCCCCGAUUGAAGAGUAAAUGUUGCAGAGAACUUCAGCCGCCUGUUCAGUAUGAGGAUGUUCUCACAAACCCUGAUCAGGACUGCUGUCUGCUGCAGAUCACCACCCUCAAUUUCAUCUUCUUGCCAGUAGUCAUGGGUAUGAUAUUUACUUUGUUCACAAUAAACGUGAGCACUGACAUGAGACAUCAUAGAGUGAGGCUGGUGUUCCAGGAUUCUCCAAUUCAGAAUGGCAAGAAGCCCCGACUUGACCAAGGAGUCCAAGUUGUCCUGGACCCUGUGCACAGUGUGCGCCUCUUGGAUUGGUGGCACCCUCAGUACCCCUUUUCUCUGAGAGCUUAAUGUGCUUCUGCGUCUGUGAGCAGCCAUGUCAAGCAGAAGUGAAGGUGCAGGACCUGGGAAAUCUUGUUUUUAUUUCCUGAAUAAGUUCUCCAAUCUCCUUACAAAUGAGUGAAGCUGGAACGCCAGUCCCUGUAUAUAAUUUCCAGCAGAAUCAAGUGUAAAAUGGAAAUGUUUAUAAACACAUUUUUAUGUACAGUUCACAUAUUAUGAUUUGAAAGGAGCACCAUGAAACUGUUGAUUUAAAACCUUUUUGGCGUUACCGUAAGUCGUCCUGUGUUCUGUUUUGCAAAGGAAGUAGAAUGUCUGCCUCCAGAUCUAAUGUGGUCAGAUUUUCACAGACCAAAUAACGAAAUUAAUGUCUGUCUUACUGUAGCAUGAUCAGACUUAAAUGCAGCAGUUUUACCCUGAUGCAGCAAGUGAAACAGCCAUGACAAUCUCUAGUCAUGCUUCACUAUCUAAUCUGCAUGAGCAAAAUAAAGGCAUAAAGCAACGAGAUUGCUUUUACAGCUGACGUUUCAAUUAAAUGUGUGUGUUUAUAAGGCAAAGAAGCACUUAAAAAAUUCAUGUCCCGAUGCUCUCUCUAAGAAAGAAUCUACAACAUACAUAAUGAAAAGGCUCUUGUGGCAUGAGGGAACUAAAUAACCACAUCAGUAAGUAAGCACUCAGACUUCAGCCAUUAGUGGAGUAAGAUUGUCUGUGAGCUAAGCAAACAGUGUUUGAAGCUAGUGACUGGGAAAGCUAUUUGCAGCAAGGAGAAAGUGUCGAGUUCCCAGCAGACAAAUUAGCUACCUGGGAAAGAGAAGCCCUGCUCUUCCCCAGUCCUUCUGGCUCUACUUGCUGGUGUGAGAGGGCUAAGCAGGCUCCUGUCUGCGUCAACAUGUCAGGAGUCGCAGCACCACAAUAACAGAACGGAUCGGGGUGUGAGUUUUAUGCAGGAGAGCUUCAGAAUUCCACCUAAAACCCUCUGAUUUUGAGCCUGAAGGGAUUUGAGAUCAUAGAUACCCUGGCACUGCAGACACGGAAAGUUCAGUCUCAGUGCAAAGUACAGCUGCGUGAGGGGGAGAGGCUGGGGCUGAAUGCAGAGUGAGUUGAUGUCCUGAAGUAACCUCCGA